AUGGCUACUCCUCGCAUAUCCGCGAUCCUUUCAAGGAAUCUACGGCGUGUGCCCUUUGCACAAUACCAAUGCCUCCGGAAUACAAGGCGUCAAGCCCAUAGUAUAGCCAGUGGUUACGUGGGAAGUUCAAGAAGAGCUCUACCCUUCAUUGGCUUUGCGACGGCCUUCACGGCACUGGCACUAUACUCCACGUCUUCCUCCACACCCAUCUCCCUCGAGGCUCCUACCAUUGCCAAGCUCGAUGAACAAACAAAACGCCAGACUGAAAUAACGUCUUCCUCGCCUAUGCGUCUGCGCAUGGAGAAAAUGAUAAAAGAGCAACAAAUGCGAAUAAUUGACGAACUCUCCAAGGUAGACGGUAAAUCUUUUACCAUUGACGAAUGGAAUCGUCCCGACGGAGGAGGUGGUAUUUCAUGUGUCUUACAGGAUGGAAAUGUGUUCGAAAAGGCUGGUGUCAACGUCUCUGUUGUAUAUGGCAAAUUGCCCCGCCCGGCAAUCGAGAAGAUGCGCGCAGACCAUAAAUCAUUCGUCUCAGCAGACGUCGAUCUUCGCCAUCUUUGGCUUCCAUUUCAGCCAAGGAAGCGCAAGAGCGUCUCUUCUUCAUUUGUCACGGACGGGCUAUCCUCCUUCCUACCUUCAUAUGUACCCAUUCUAAAGAAGCGGAAGGACAUGCCAUUCACGGAGCAGGAGAAGGACUGGCAACAACUUCGUCGAGGACGAUAUGUGGAAUUCAACCUUGUGCAUGAUCGAGGUACAAGCUUUGGCUUGCGUACUCCGGGCGCUAGGAUUGAGAGUAUAUUAAUGAGUUUGCCGCGAACUGCGAAAUGGGUAUACAUGGAUCCUCUCUCCGGUACAAGAACAGAUGGCGUAGAGGUUGCUGUUGAGGGCAUGGAGAAGGAGAAAGAGCUGCUAGAGGUGCUGAAGCAGCCGAAGGAAUGGGUUUGA